AUGGAUGUGUACUUCGGUUUUGUGAUUCUUGAAAGCCUCUUGGCUGCGGCCAUUGUCUCCACCAACCUGCUGGUGUGUGCCACCAUCUACCUGCACAAAGAACUGAGGCGCGUCACUAACUACCUAAUCAUGUGGCUGGCGGUGGCCGAUCUAGGCGUGGGGGCCUUGGCCAUCCCAUUCUCCGUGGUGCUCAGCAUGGAAUACACCCUGUGCUUCUACACGUGCCUCUUCCUCACUUGUUUCCCACUGGUUACUACCCAGUUCUCGAUCCUUCUCUUGUUGGUCAUCGCCAUCAACGCGCACGUGAAAAUCAGGCUGCCCAACAGUUAUGCCAGACACGUGAAGAAGGGACGAGUGACGGUCCUUGUGGUCAUCUGCUGGUUGCUAUCACUCCUGAUAGGUCUCUCCCCAAUGAUGGGCUGGAAUCGCUUUCAGCAAUACGGGGAGGUCAGCAACAAAACCAUGGCGGUCAGCUUCCCCUCGGAGAGGGUUGCCUUCGUCAUCCUCGCCCCUGAUCUUCCAUAUGCAGGCUCCCUCUCAAAGGUUUAUCCAGGACCCCGCCAGAAUUUCAACUACAGCGAGAUCCAUCAGGGGCACAUAGGCCGCUGUUCCUUCAGUUCCAUUUUCAGCCCGGAGUAUCUCGUCUACUUUGUCUUCUUCACCUGUACCUUGCUGCCCCUGGCGGCCAUGUUGGGCAUCUACAUCGACCUCUUCCGGGUUGUCCGUGGCCAUUUCCAGUCCCAGGCUCUUUGGGCAGCCAAGAGAGGGGAAAUACAGACAGCCCGCACCCUCUUCCUCUUGGUAGGGGUCUUCUGCAUUUGCUGGGUGCCCUUGCAUGUCCUCUAUUGCGUCCAGCUCCUGUGCCCCACCUGUCAGCGCUAUGAGUCACUGGACCACUUGGCUAUCUUGCUCUCCCACCUGAACUCCUUGGCCAACCCACUCAUCUAUGCCAUGAGGAAGAAGGACUUUGGACUGGCUCUCCAGUCUGUGUUCCUCCAUCAUGUCCUGCACUGGCCCAAGCUACGUGCCUGCUGUUUUCCCAAUCCCAAAGUCCAUCCCAAAAGCUGA